AUGCACCUCGUCACUGUUGCAACAUGCUCUCUCAAUCAAUGGGCUCUGGAUUUCACGGGCAACUAUGAGCGGAUCAUGAAAUCCAUCACGAUCGCCAAGUCCCGCGGUGCGACUCUGCGUGUCGGACCAGAGCUCGAAAUUCCAGGCUAUGGAUGUCUCGAUCACUUCUUGGAAGGGGAUACCAUCCUGCACUCGUGGGAGAUCCUGGCCAAGAUCUUGCAGAAUGAGGAUGCGAGGGAUAUCGUCUGUGAUAUCGGCAUGCCCAUGACCCACAAGAACAGCAACUACAACUGCCGGGUCAUCAUCCACAAUGGCAAGAUCGCGAUGAUCCGGCCGAAGAUGUGGAUGGCGAACGACGGGAACUAUCGCGAGCUACGAUACUUCACACCCUGGCAUAAGCACCGCCAUACCGAGCCUCACUCGCUCCCCAGUAUCAUCCGGAAGAUCACUGGCCAGACGGUCGUACCGUUCGGAGAUGCCGUCGUGGCUACUGAGGACACUGUGAUCGGGGUGGAGCUAUGUGAGGAGCUCUUCACGCCCGCCUCACCGCACAUCCAGAUGGGUCUGGACGGCGUAGAGAUCUUCACCAACUCUUCUGCGAGUCACCACGAGCUGCGAAAGCUCAACAAGCGGGUCGAGUUGAUCAAAGAAGCGACUGCCAAAAACGGCGGUAUCUACCUCUACGCCAACCAGCAAGGCUGCGAUGGCGAUCGGCUAUACUACGAUGGAGCUUGCAUGAUUGCGCUGAACGGCCGGAUUGUCGCACAGGGCUCUCAAUUCUCUCUCUCCGACGUCGAGGUUGUGACUGCCACGCUCGACCUCCAGGCUGUCCGUGCAGCGAGGACGCAGUCGUCAAGGCGGAUGCAGGCGGCUCAGUCGGAGCCGUAUGAGCGGGUCUGGGUUGAUACCCGUCUAGAUGGAGGAAUGGGGAUCAGGGUCGGCGAGGAGGAGUCCAAGGCCAAAUCGAUCGAGUUCAAAUAUAACACACCAGAAGAGGAGAUUGCUCUCGGUCCGGCGUGCUGGCUAUGGGACUAUCUCCGUCGAUCUCGACAGGCGGGAUACUUUGUGCCCUUGUCGGGCGGUAUCGAUAGCUGCGCCACCUCGGUCAUUGUCUAUUCGAUGUCACGCCUGGUCGUGCAGGCUGCUCAGCGCGGAGAGGAACAAGUCAUAGCCGACGCUCGCAGAAUGACCGGCGAGCCUGACGACUCGACCUAUGUCCCUUCCGACCCGCGCGAGUUUACGAAUCGGAUCUUCCACUCGUGCUAUAUGGGCACGGAGCACUCUAGUGUCGAAACGCGCAAGCGAGCAAAAGAUCUUGCGGAGGCAAUCGGCUGUUACCAUGUGGACCUGAACAUGGACACCGUGGUAUCCGCCAUGAAGGCCUUGUUCACCAUGACGACCAACAAGGCUCCCAGGUUCGAGUCGCAGGGCGGGACAGCGAGAGAGAGUCUGGCUUUGCAGAAUAUCCAGGCUCGGUUGCGUAUGGUCUUGGCAUACAUGUUCGCUCAACUCCUGCCAUGGGUGCGAGGGAAGACUGGGGGUUUGCUCGUUCUGGGAAGCGCAAACGUCGAUGAGAGCUUGCGCGGAUACUACACGAAAUACGACUGUUCAGCCGCAGACGUCAAUCCCAUCGGAGGUAUCUCCAAAACGGACCUCAAGAAGUUCAUCGCCUACGCCCAGACUGAGUUCGAUCUGCCCAUACUGGGAAGCUUCCUCGAUGCCAUACCCACCGCGGAGCUCAUUCCCAUGGGACAGGAUAAUGUGGCCCAGUCAGACGAGGUCGAGAUGGGAAUGACGUAUGAGGAGCUGUCGGUGUAUGGGCGGCUGAGGAAGGUGGAGAAGUGUGGACCGUACGGGAUGUUUGGGAAGUUGGUCAUUGAUUGGGGAAGCUUCUUGUCGCCUGUUGAAAUCGCCACGAAGGUCAAGCACUUCUUCUUUACCCACGCUAUCAAUCGGCACAAGAUGACCACCUUGACGCCUUCUGUCCACUUGGAAGAGUACAGCCCCGAUGACAAUCGGUUCGACCUCCGUCCGUUCCUCUACAACUCGCGCUUCGAGCAUCAGUUCAACCGGAUCGAUCAGCUCGCGGAGGUCCUGCCGAACCGCGCGACACAGCCUGGGAACGAUAAGGCCAAGCAGGACUAG